AUGUCAAAAAUUGAUAUCGUUCAGCCAUUAUGGGAUCUGAACACCUUCACCGGACGCCUGAAGCACUACUUCUGGAUAACUGACCCACGCACAUGUUUCGCCACCGACGAGGAGCUUGAUCGUGCGAAGGAGCUAUAUUUAACCGUCAAGGCUGGUACGAUACCGCAAAACACGACCAUCGAUCAGAUACAUUAUGCAAAAAAGUUGUAUGAAAGUGCAUUCCAUCCGGACAGCGGUGAAAAGCAGAAUGUGUUCGGUCGCAUGAGCUUUCAGAUGCCCGGUGGUAUGGCCAUCACCGGUGCAAUGCUCCAAUGGUACAAAACAACGACAGGAGUUGUCUUCUGGCAGUGGGUUAAUCAGUCCUUCAAUGCGCUGGUGAAUUACACCAAUCGUAACGCAAAUUCGUCCCUCUCGACCACGCAGCUAGGUGUGGCAUAUGUUUCUGCAACAACGUCCGCGCUAGUGGCGGCAGUUGGGUAUAAGGCCUACCUGACGAAGCGUGCCACACCGCUGUUUCAACGAUACGUACCCUUUGUGGCGGUUGCGGCUGCCAACUGUAUCAACAUACCGCUGAUGCGCCAGAAUGAGCUUAUUUACGGCAUUGGCAUCGAAGACGAAAAUGGAAACGUGGUCGGGUCGAGCAGGCUUGCCGCCGGCAAAGGAAUUGCGCAGGUCAUAUUCUCUCGCAUUGCCAUGUGCGCGCCUGGAAUGUUAAUUCUGCCUGUCAUCAUGGAACGAUUGGAACAGUACCAUUCCUUCCGGCGGUUGGCUAUUUUACAUGCUCCAUUCCAGGUUAUGGUCGUUGGUUGUUUCUUAACGGUAAUGGUUCCGACGGCGUGCGCAUUGUUCCCACAGAAAGCAGAACUAAGCACAAGUACGAUGAAGAUGCUCGAGCCGAAUUUCUACGAAGAAAUGCGCAAGAAAACGGACCGCAUACCGGAGGUGGUGUACUUCAAUAAGGGUUUGUAAGGGAUACUGAAGAGGGUGUUAAUAGCUGUUACUAGCCACUGAAAAGCAAGAAGGCCCAUUUUCCUCACAAUCCAGCAUCACGCUGUGUUUCAUAGAAUGAAGCAAAAGUCAUAAUAUAUUAAUUGUCUGCUGGUAGA